AUGACCGACGCCCAGUCCACCAUGACCAGGGCGACCUCGCUCAGCCGCAAGUCGACUGUGGCCAGCCGCAACGCAUCGCUCAUCAAGAAGAACACGGGCCCGCACGAGCUCCGCCCUUCGGACAUCCUCAUCGAGCGCUUCACGGGCUGGAAGCACAUCACCAAGCAGCUCAUCAGCUACUUUGAGGGCAUCGCCGACAUCGAGUACAACACCGCAAAGGAGCUCACCAAGCUCGGCGGCGUCAUCCAGGUGCCCUUCCGCGAGGGCAACCAGUACCUCGGCGAGGACGGCAUCCAGGACAUCUACUACGGCAUCCGCGACAAGACGCGCGUCAUCGCCGACCACCACGCCAACCUGGCCAAGACGGUCGAGGGCUCCAUUGUCCAGCACCUCCAGAAGCUCCGCUCCGAGAUCAAGGCGCACAUCAAGAAUGUCCAGCAGGACACGGGCAAGCUCGCCAACGGCGUCGCAAAGGAGCGCGAGAUGUCGACCAAGAUGAUCUCUGACUUGGCCCGCUCCAUCACCCUGCUCAAGAACACGCCGAUGAGCGUCACGGCGCGCGAGGACCCCUACAGCGCCAACCAGGCCGUCUUCCGCCAGCUCCAGCGCCAGGUCAACGAGGAAAACGCCCUGCAGAAGAGCAUCAUCAUCAUGCAGCAGAACUCGGCCCACUUUGAGGAGGGCAUUGUCCGCAGCAUCCAGAGCGCCUGGCAGACGUUUGACGAGUGGAGCGGCAGGAUGUCGGCCCAGGUCCAGGACACCUGGCUCAGCCUCGGCGUCCAGAUGCGCAGCCUCCAGCCCAACGCCGAGUGGAUCGCCUUUGCCGCCCGCUCCGACCACCUCCUCGACCCGGACACGCCCCUCCGCAACCCCGAGACGAUCGACUACCCGGGCAAGGAGGACCCGUCGGUCAUCCCCGUCCACCAGGGCAUCCUCGAGCGCAAGAAGCGCUUCACCAAGACGUACAAGGAGUCGUUCUACGUCCUCACCCCCGCCGGCUACCUCCACGAGCACGGCUCCUCGGACCAGACCAAGCACCCGCAGCCAGAGCUCUCCCUCUUCCUGCCCGAGUGCACCCUCGGACCGCCCUCGACCAUGGCCAGCAAGAGCCACAAGUUCCACAUCGAGGGACGCAAGGUCACGGGCGGCCAGAGCGCCAUCCCGCAGAAGGGCAUCGCCAGCCUCGGCAUGGGCCGCGAGCACGCCUACACGUUCCGCGCCCGCAGCCACGAGGAGAUGAUGGAGUGGUGGAACGACAUCAAGCAGCUCUCCAAGGUCUACCUCACGACGUCGGAGCAGAUGGACCGCUCCGGACCCGUCCCCGCCGCCGUCCGCGCCGCCGGCUACCGCAGCGAGGAGGAGGAGGAGGAAGAGGAGGACGGCAGCUCGAUCGAGGAGGAGGACGAGGAGGAGUACGAGGAGGCCGAGGACGAGAACGCCCACGUCCACAACAACACGAGCUCCUCGGCCGCCGCCACGGCCGCCCCCGCCAUCCCCCAGGCCGCCACCACCGGUUCCGCCAAGGAGGAGGAGAUCCCGGCCUACUCUGGCGCGCCUCAGGGUGAGGUCGGCCCCAACGGCUACCUGCUCGAGAAGAAGACCGACAACGCCGCUCGCGCCGGUGAGCCGUCGCAGGACGGCCUCAACCGCAGCGCCAGCUCGGCGGGCAAGGAGAAGGCGACCGAGGAAGCCGAGGCCACCAAGGAAGGGGCGGCUCCGAACCCGACGCCCGCCGACCUUGCCCGUCAGAAUUCUGUCGCCAGCAGCAUGCGCACCAUGCAGACUGCGCGACAGGGCGACGACGAGUAG